AUGAAAAGCGACGGGAAGUUCUUCGAGGGAUUCUCCAGCCUGGCCAGGUCCCAGGAGCAGCGCCACGUGCAGGUCACGAAGCGCGUGGAGGAACUGCGGCAGAAGAGGGUCCGGGAGAACUCCGCCUCCGAGGGCGGCAUCCAGCGGUCCUAUCAGCUCUCGCCCAAAGAGAAGGAACGACUGUACCAAGAAGUCCUCUACACGAUCACGCACAAAGUGGGCCGUCACACGUCCAAGUACUCCCAGUACAUCGAGGACCUGUACGAGUACGCCCAGGCUGCAUUCGGAGUCGCCAUGGAGGAUCACCGUCGCCUCCUGGCUGCUGCCUCCGAGUCCAAGGCGACGCAGGGGAGAGACUGCCCGUACUUCUUGGAGUUCUUGCCCGUUCUUCCAUUUGGAGGAACUGUCGUUGACGAAGAUAAAAUGGAGCAGUCUCCUCGGGAGAACAUCUGCAUUCGCAUUUCGUUACGAUCGAGUUUGGUGCAGCUGGGCCUUUUGAAUAUAGAGCACUGA